AAAGUCGCGACAUCGCGGGCGGCGGCUCAGUGGAAGAAGAAGGCGGCGGAGGAGGGUGGGUGUGAUUUUUUUUUUUUCCUUUCCCCCCUCCCUCCACGCGAGUUUUCCGCCAUGAAUCCCAACUGUGCUCGCUGCGGGAAGAUCGUGUAUCCCACGGAGAAGGUGAACUGCUUGGAUAAGUUCUGGCACAAAUCAUGUUUCCACUGCGAGACUUGCAAGAUGACCCUGAACAUGAAGAACUACAAGGGCUACGAGAAGAAGCCGUACUGCAACGCACACUACCCGAAGCAAUCCUUCACCAUGGUGGCAGACACGCCCGAGAACCUGCGCCUAAAGCAGCAGAGUGAGCUCCAGAGCCAGAUCCGCUACAAGGAGGAGUUCGAGAAGAACAAGGGGAAGGGCUUCAGCGUGGUGGCCGACACCCCGGAGCUGCAGAGGAUCAAGAAGACUCAGGAUCAGAUCAGCAACAUCAAGUACCACGAGGAGUUCGAGCGGAGCCGGAUGGGCCCCAGCCCCAGCGAGGGCUCGGAGCCGGAGCGCCGGAAUUCCCAGGAGAGCGGCGGCUACCGGAGAGCAGAGCAGCAGCAGCAGCACCACAGCCAGCCCGGAGCCACAGUUUACCAGCAGCAGCAGCAGCCGCCUCCAUCCCAGUCCUACGGCUACAAGGAGCCAGCCCCGGCCUCCUCACAGCGCAACGCCCCGGCUGGAGGGGGGAAGCGUUUCCGUGCCGUCUAUGACUACAACGCGGCGGACGAGGACGAGGUGUCCUUCCAGGACGGGGACACCAUCAUCAACGUGCAGCAGAUCGAUGACGGCUGGAUGUACGGCACGGUGGAGCGCACGGGGGACACGGGCAUGCUCCCUGCCAACUACGUGGAGGCCAUCUGAGCCCGGGGACACGGCCCUGCCCCGUGUCCCCUCCCCGUGUGUGCGUCUCUUGUCCCCUCCCCGCCCUCGGAGCCGUGUCCCCUCUGGGUGCGGUGUCUCUCGCCACUUCUGCUCCGUGCUGGCCCCGUGGGGGCUGUGGGGCAGUGUGGGGUGGGGAUCAAAGUCCCAGAGCGCUCCUGCUGCUGUCCCUGAUGUCCCUCCUGUCCCUCCUGUCCUGCCCUCCCGGCGGGAGAAGCCUCUGGAGCCACCGGGGUGUCAGGAAAAGGGAGGGAGUGGCCGAGUCAGGACCAAAUUCCUGCUGUGGGGUGGGAGAGGCGAGGGGGGCUCAGCCAGGGGUGCCCUGGGCUCGGGGUGGGCUGGCAGCUCCCCCUGCUCAGCUCAUCCUGCUCCUGGCUGCUUCCCCUCGAUCCUCGCUCCCUUCAGUGCCCAGAGCAGGAAAGUUUUCAGCUCAAAUCUCCAACAAAACCUCUCUGCUUGGAGUUCCGAGCUCUGGGCAGCCCUGCAGGAGGCUCUGGCUGCCUCUGCCUCAGGCUGGGCUGGGAUGAGCCCCCUGGAGCUGGGAUGAGCCCCCCCAAAUUGGGAUGAAUCCUCCUGGACUAGGAUGAGCCCCCCAGGCUGGGGUGAGCUCCCCAGACUGGGAUGAGCCCCCCAGAUUGGGAUGAGCCCCCUGGUGCAGGGAUGAAUCCCCCUGGACUGGGAUGAGCUCCCCAGACUGGGAUGAGCCCCCCAGAACUCCAGCUUGCUCUGGGGGUCACCUGGGGGAGCCUUUCCCCCUACCCAGAAUUUUCCUGCUUUUCUCCUGCUGCUGCUGAGUGCUGCCACCCCUCUGGGCCCAUCCCAGGUCACUGUCCCUUGGGUGGUGUGACACCCCGAGCCACCCCACACCUCUCAUUCCCAGCACUGGUGGCAGCUUUUUGGGACCACUUUGGGAUCAUGUAAUGGACCAAAACAUCCCUGUCCCUUUCUCCUCCGGGCUCAGGAAUCCUGGGGAGGGUCAGGGUCGGGUAAAACUGGAAAUGAACAGAGAGGGAGGAGUGGGAACCUCUGUAGGGGACCUGAGACAGCAGGGGUGUCCCUGAGCCAGGACCUGGGGACAGCAGGAGUGUCCCCGUGCUGGCUCCACUAUUAUUCCCACAGGAAAAUCGGGAAUAGGGGACCAAAAUGGCCAAAUGAGACAUUCCUUGGUGCUGCUGGGGACACCUCCCUCCCUCGGGGGCUGGGACUGGGGGCAGAAACCCUCCAGGAAAAGGGAAUUCUGGCUGCAGUGGGACGGGGACAGGGAUCUGGGGUGACAGCGGGGCAGGAGCAGCCAGGACGGGCUGCCCGGGGUGGGAAUCCUGGUUGGUGCUAAAACAGGGAGCACAAGGGCAGGGGGAGCCUCCUCUCCCUGCUAAAUCCUCUUCUUAAUCACGUUCUUGUCUGGGAAUUGGGGGGGGGGGGGGAGCAUCAAUGUGAAUAAACCCUUUUUUAAUGGACCAAAUAACACAGGAAAUUCCCUUUCGGGAUACAGAUCUUUUUUUAAUCCUCCCUCAAAACUGUUGUCCCUAAAUUCUCCUCUCCCAUGCCCCUUUCACCCCCACCAUGGGAAACAAACCUCUUACUGCUUGAUUUCUGCCUUUUCUCUCAACUUUAUGCACUUUUUUGCCUUUUUUUUUUCAUAGCUGAAAAGCACCUAAACCUGUAUUUAAAAUAAAUAAAUAAAUAAAAGAGUAAAAAAAAAAUCACAAGGAAGAAGAACAAUUAAAAAGCUGAAUAAUUGCUUCUCAUCACAUGUAAAAUAGACCUCAUCCAUCCCAGCUUCCCUGGUUGUGUCUCAGUGCUGAGCUUAGAACGUGUUUUCCUCGGGAUCCGUCGCUUAAUUGGGGUUUUGUCCUUGUGUCCUUCCUGGGUUGAGCACCCACCAGUAAAAAAAAAAAAAAAAAAAAAAUUAUUUGGCCUUUUUAUCCAAAAAAAAAAAGAAAACCCACGGAAUGGAACAACCCGACCAAUUCUCUUGCCGGUUUACUCGGAUUGAAAAUAAAAGUUUAAUUUUUA